UGACGCAGCUGAGGAGCAGCACUUCCUGCUGGAGAGAGUCAGAAAGCAGAGGAGGAGCCUUAAAGGUGCCUUUCCCAGAAGCCACUGCGGCAGCAGAAGGAGAGGAAGAGGAGGAGGAGUAGGCUGUUCACUCAGGUGAGGACUCACCUGGACAGGUCAGUGGAAAAUGAUGGAAGAAAGCAGCCAGGAAUGACAAAGAAGUCCUUGCCACCUUCUCUUAGGAAGUAGUCAUGUUGGAGGGAUUGAUCGCCUGGGUUCUCAACAAUUACUUAGGCAAAUAUGUCAGCAACUUGAACACGGAUCAGCUCUCGGUCGCUCUUCUGAAAGGUGCCGUGGAGUUGGAAAAUUUGCCGCUGAAGAAAGAUGCGUUGAAGGAAUUGCUGCCUUUUGAGGUCAAAGCUGGUUUCAUUGGCAAGAUCACACUCCAAAUACCGUUUUACCGUCCCCAUAUUGAUCCCUGGGUGAUAUCGAUUUCGAAACUGCACCUCAUUGGGUCGCCGGAAAAGCAAGAAGACUUCGACGAAGAAAGAGAGCGGCUGCUAGAAAAAGAGAACAAGAAAGCCCUUUUGUUAGCCCUGGAAGAAAAAUGGAAAAAAGAACGGGAGCAGGUAGCAGAGUCUUACUGGUAUUCAGUCACCGCGUCUGUCGUCACGAGGAUUGUAGAGAACAUUGAAUUAAACAUUCAGGAUGUCCACCUGAGGUUUGAGGAUGGGGUCACAAACCCAUCCCAGCCGUUUGCCUUUGGAGUCUGCAUUAAAAAUGUGUCGGUGCAGAACGCAGUAAAUGAGCCAGUGGAAGAGCUGAUGAAGAAAAAGCAGCUGGAGAUUGCGGACUUCAGUAUCUAUUGGGACACGAAAUGUGUUUUGUUGGGAGACCUGCCACCUGGGGAGCUGCAGAAAGCUAUGGAUGGGAGUAUGGAGAGCUGCGACCACAACUACAUCUUGGAGCCUGUGUGUACCUCUGCGCUUCUGAAGCGCAACUGCUCCAAAGAACCUCUCCGGUCACGGAAUACGCCUCGACUUGAGUUUGACAUCCAGCUGGAGACGAUACCACUAAAACUUUCGCAGACCCAAUACCGGCAAAUAAUGGACUUCUUGAAAGAACUGGACCGGAAGGAAAGGCAGAUCAAAUACAGAAGAUGGAAGCCAAAGGUCACCGUAUCCCAAAACUGCCGAGAAUGGUGGAGGUUUGCUCUGGACGCACAUAUUGCAGAGAUCCGAGACCAACGGGAACGCUCUUCCUGGGACUUUGUCUUGCACCGGGCCCGAGACGCUGUCUUUUACACCGAUCUGUAUUACAAGAUGUUGAAAGAAGUGGAGCUCUCUGAGGAUGAGCAGGAAGAAAUGGAGCGCAUUGAGGAUGAGCAAACCUUUGACGAGCUGAAAAUCUUACGGGAGAUAGUCUACAAGAAGUUCUGCGAACUGGCGGAGAGUAUUAAGGAGCCGUUGCCGGAUUCCUUGGAGGCAGUGUCUGAAAUUCAAGUGGAAGCUUCCACCAGCAGCAAAAGUGGGAUGCUUCAGUAUCUGCAGUCUUGGUUUCCUGGUUGGGGCGGAUGGCACUGUGAAUCACAAGAAGCCAUGGAAACAGACACUUUUAAAGGACUGCUUUCAGAAACGUCGGAGAAGUGGAGGCCAGAAGAUGCUACUGGAGCAGAUGAACUUUUUGAUCCAACUGCUGAUGUCUCCAACAUAAAUACCUUCACGAAGCGGGAUCACGUCUUGGCAAAGUUGAACCUCCAGCUUCAGGGCGGCUCCGUCACUUUGCUGCACACUGGGAAGAGAGGCUCGAAGGCCCAUGAAAGAGCUUUCAUGCAGCUGGAGUUUUCAGGCGUAACCGUCUUGGCAGAAACUCUUCCCCGCAGGAAUUCCUCCCUUUUCAAGGUUCAGCUUGGUAGCCUCUUCCUCCGCGACUUAGCCACAGAAGGAACCAUCUUCCCUCUCCUUGUCUUCCCUAAUCCGCAAAAAGAAGUUGGCUGUGUCUCUUCCAUUGGUCUCCAGACCUCCUCUUCAGAUCCAAGUAACCAGAGUACUGCCGCUGAUCCCGCUGUUCCGGUUUUUGAGAUGCUGUAUGAGCGAAACCCAGUCCGCAGCAAUUUCGAGAGAUGCCUGGAAGUCAAUACCCAGCCGCUGAACAUUAUUUACAACCCGCAAGCCAUUAGGAAAGUGGCUGAUUUCUUCUACAAGGGAAGGGUUCAUACCUCAGGUUUUGGAUGCCAAUCUGAGCUGGAGCUGCGAGUGGCUGAAGCUGCCAGGAGGCAGUACAACAAGCUUAAGAUGCAGACAAAAGCGGAAAUCCGGCAAACGAUCGACCGCUUGCUUGUGGGGGAUUUCAUUGAAGACAGCCAGCGCUGGAAAGUGUGCCUUGAUAUUUCUGCCCCUCAAGUGAUCUUCCCCGAUGACUUUAAAUUUGCCGAUCCAGUUUUAGUUGUGAUUGACUUAGGAAGAAUGCUGCUUACGAAUUACCAAGAGGAGCACAAGAAGAAGAGUUCAGGUGGUCCAUCAUCCGACUUGAGUGACCUGAGUGAUGAUGAAUAUAGGACGCCUCUUGCGACCCCUCCCAGCAGCCCUCCUCCUGAAGCCAAGGUGACCACCAGAAACAAGGCAUUUGAAUUCACAGGCGUAGAAAUCAGCGAAGAGCAACUUCAAGCACAUAUGAUGAGUAAAAGAAUGUACGACACCUACAACCUGUCGUUCAUGGAUCUCCAGAUCAUGGUUGGACGUGUGAAGGACAACUGGAAGUACGCCCAAGACAUUGACGUUGGCCCCACGCACGUGGUGGAGAAGUUCAAUGUCCAUUUACAGCUGGAGCGGAGAUUGAUUUACACCUCCGAUCCCAAAUACCCUGGAGCUGUCUUGUCUGGGCAUUUGCCGGAUCUGAAAAUUCACAUCAACGAGGAUAAAAUAAUAGCGUUGAACAAUUGCUUCGGAAGACUAACUGCACGUGAUGCUGAAACGUCAAGUGCUCCCCAGGCAGGGAAAGAGACCAGCUCUUCCGAUCUGGAGCAGCGCGGAAGUUUGCACAGCUCCGUGGUGAAUUUAACACAGAGCGUUAUGCUGGUGGAACAACAUACCAAAGAGGUUCUUGUAGAGUCGCAGCUCCUUCUCGCAGAGUUUCAAGUCAACUGCAUGCAGCUUGGUGUUGAAAGCAACGGCCGGUAUAUCUCCGUCCUGAAGGUGUUUGGCACGAAUGCCCAUUUUGUUAAGAGGCCUUACGAUGCUGAAGUCUCGCUUACCGUUCAUGGUUUGUUGCUGGUUGACACCAUGCAGACCUACGGCUCCGAUUUUGACCUCUUGAUGGCUUCUCACAAGAAUCUCAGCUUUGAUGUUCCAACUGGAAGCCUAAGGCACAGCAGGACUCAGUCCCCCGUCGGUGGGCCUGGUAUGGCUCCUCCAGUUGAUGGGAUGCACUUGGCUGGGAAAUGUACUGGAGCACCAAAUGAGUUGCCAGGCAGUUUCGUCCCACACGACGAAUCCUUAAUUAAAUUAGAAUACCAGUUUGUGAGUGCCGAAUGCCCUUCUAUGAACUUGGAUAGCACUCUGCAAGUCAUAUCAGUGCAGAUGAACAACUUGGAUAUCAUUCUGAAUCCGGAAACGAUAGUCGAGUUGAUUGGAUUCCUCCAGAAGUCCUUCCCGAAGGAGAAAGACGAUUCAAGCCCUCAACCGUUGAUGGCCGACGCUGAAAGAAGUCUCAUUGACCAGGAAACGUUCCAGUCCACUCAUUCUCAAAAUACAGAAGUAGCCGUAGAUAUCCAUUGGUUAAAUAUACUUCUGCUUAGGACCGUCACCACGAUCAGUGGAGAAAAACUUGGUCGGAAAAUUGCGACGGCGAGCAUCGGCGGCACCAAAGUCAAUGUCUCCAUGGGCAGCAAGGUGGAUGUCAACGGCUCUCUUGGUUGCCUGCAUCUCAUGGACUUGACCCAGGAUGUUAAAAACCAGAAUGUUGUCAGUAUUGGAAAUACCGUCAGGUAUGAAAACCUGAUUCGCGACGUGGGCCACUUCAAGCCUGCGUUUCUCCAGUUCGAUGACGCAGGUAACCUUGCGGAUGCCUUGAGCUUCACUUUCACGGAGCAGUCAAAAGAGGAAUGUUCCCUCCACCUCAAGAUGGCGUCGCUCCAUUACAACCACUCUGCUAAGUUUUUGAAAGAGAUCACCUUAUCCAUGGACGAACUGGAGGAGAACUUCCGUAGCAUGCUGAAGAGUGCAGCAUCGAGAGUGACCACUGUUUUGGCCACGAAGACCGCCGAAUAUAGUGAAAUGGUGUCUCUGUUUGACACAGCGCCUCGAUCGAGGGACCCCUUUAAUUUGGAAAACAGCGACGAAGAAGAAUGUGUUCCCGUACGUUCCAAAACGGAAACGAUUAAGCUUAUUUUAAACGUGAACAUUGAAUCCCCGGUUGUAUCUAUACCCCGUAAGCCUGGAAGCCCCGAACUGCUGGUGGGACAUCUGGGGCAAAUAUCGAUCCAGAACUUUGUGGCAGGAGAAGACAAUUUGAGAAACGACAGGCUUCAGGUGGAAAUCAGAGAUAUCCGACUGUAUUCUCUGAACAGUAGCCAUUUAAUGGCAAAGAAGGAAAGUGUGUCAGAGAUGCCACAUGCUUUGCAGCCUCCUUCAGUCAUUGCUGGCAGCAGCCAAGAAGACCCUCAAUUCACUCGUCACGACUUCUUUGAAUCCUUACACAAAGGCCAUGCUUUCCACAUUUUGAAUAAUGCAACCAUCCAGUUUGGACUGGAGAAGAUUCCUGUGGAGAGGGAUGCGGAAUUGGCAUUCUCCGUGGAGGAGGAUGUCGAGAUUUCUAGCCUUAUGCGGAUUGAGGGGAAAUUUGUCAACCCUCUACAGGUGGUUUUGGCGAAACACGUUUAUGAGCAAGUCUUGCAGACUCUUGACAACUUGGUUUGCAAUGAAGAUUUGACUAAUCCACCGUCUAGCUUUCCCUCCUCUGCGUGUCCCAGCUCCGAUUCUCCAUCAGCGUUACUUGGUAGCGCGAGCUCUGACUUUUCUCUCGACAGGAAAGAAAACGGGCUCUUUAGUCAUUCCAGCUUUGGUUCAUCUACCAACAAGUUUGCACCCGCCAAGGAAGCAGCGCAGUCUUUUACUCAGAUUCAAGCCACCUUCCAUAUUUCUGAGCUCCAGGUUCAACUAAGUGGUGAUCUUACCCUCGGAGCGCAAGGUUUGGUUAGCUUAAAAUUUCAGGAUUUUGACAUUGAGUUUGCUAAGGAUCACCCUCAGACCUUGUCCAUCCAGAUUGCCUUACGUUCGCUGCUGAUGGAGGACCUUCUUGAGAAGAACCCAGACUCACAGUAUAAGAACCUCAUGGUCUCCCGUGGAGCUCCCAAACCAUCUACCUUGGCGCACAAGGAGUACCUGUCCCAAUCUUGCCCCUCGGUGUCGAAUGUAGAGUACCCAGACAUGCCUCGCUCCCUUCCUUCUCACAUGGAAGAAGCCCCAAACGUCUUCCAGUUUUAUCAGCGGCCUACGUGUGUCCCCCACAAAAAGCACAAAGAAGACGACGAUUUGGGCUGUCCCCUGACUCCACCACCUUCUCCCACUGCAAACAAAUCAAAGAUGCCUUGCGGGAAAAGCGACUUUGACGAAUCCUUGGUUCACAUCAACAUCUUGUUGGUGGACAAGAAGCACCCGGAGUUUGCUUCUUGUUACGGCAAAAUCAAUCGCAGCGUGGAUGUUGACUUCAACUGCUUGGAUGUUCUGAUAACUCUGCAGACCUGGGUGGUGAUACUGGACUUUUUUGGGAUUGGAUCCACUGCCGAGAAUCACAGCAUGAAGUCGCAGCCGGAAGAUGUCCAGCACACUGUUAAGUCAGAAACGAGUGUCUUGUCGACCUCCGAUGUCCAAGAUUCUGUAAAUACCAAACUGGAUCUGAAGGUCCAUUCACUAUCCUUAGUUCUGAAUAAGGCAACCCAUGAACUGGCAAAGGCGAAUGUAUCCAAACUUGUCACCCACGUGGAGAUGAUCGAAGGGGAUCUGGCCCUUCAUGGAAGCAUCGGGAGCUUGUCCCUAAGCGAUCUCACUUCACACGGAGAGCUUUACAGGGAGCGCUUCACCACCAGUGGCGAAGAAGCACUCAUCUUCCAAGUGUACAAGUACGGCCGGCCCGAUCCUUCGCUGGAGAGAGAUUGCGAUAUGCGCGUCAGUCUGCGCAUGGCUUCAGUGCAGUAUGUCCACACUCAACGUUUCCAAGCAGAAGUGGUUUCUUUCAUCCAGCAUUUCACUCAACUGCAGGAUGUUUUGGGCCGCCAAAGAGCAGCUAUUGAGGGGCAGACGGUGAGAGAUCAGGCCCAGCGAGGCUCCAGAGUCCUCUUGGACAUCGAAGCCGGGGCUCCUGUCCUCCUCAUUCCAGAAAGCUCCAGAUCCAAUCAUCUCAUUGUAGCCAAUCUUGGGAAACUGAAAGUCAAGAACCGAUUCCUUUUCGCAGGCUCUUCUGGCACCUUCUCCCUAAAAGAUAAGCAGGACUCUGUCCAACUGUCCUCACCGCUGGGGACCCCAAAACACAGCAUGAAGAAACCCAUGAGUGCGGAUGAGUCCAAGGCAGCAUCGAAUUCUCCGGAAGGCUUGUUCAUGAAAUUGUCAUCGGUGGGAGCGAAUCUUAGUAGGCUAAAGACUGAGCCUGUGACAGGUGUGGGGGUUAAACCCCCAAAAUCACUUGCUUUGCCAGCCACAGCAAGUCCUGAGGAGCAUGUCUGCCUGUUGGAUUGCAUUGUGGUCGACCUGCAGGACAUGGAUAUCUUUGCUGCCGAAAGGUGCUCCAGGGAAUAUUCAAAGGCGAUGGAAGAGGCCAGUACAGAUUUGAUCUUCCCAUCCUUUGUGAUCAGACAGACUGGAGGGAGCCUCUUGACGGAACCCUUCAGACUGAAGUUGCAACUGGAAAGGAACUUGGACAAGGAGAUAAGCCACAUGGUCCCUGAUGUCUCCAUUCAUGGCAUCGUGUCGUCGGUCCUUUGCUCCUUGGAUCUGGACAAAUACAAACUGAUUCGGGGGCUCCUGGAGCAUAAUUUGGGGGAGCCCAUAGAAGAAUUCAUGCGGCCUUAUGACUUACAGGACCCAAGAAUACAUACUGUUCUGAGUGGAGAGGUAUAUACUUGCAUGUCUUUCCUCAUUGACAUGGUCAAUGUAAGUCUGGAGCUGACUAACCCACAAGGGAAACAAGGCUCCUUAGCCAGGUUUGACUUCAAGAAGUCCAAGCUGCUCUUUGAAAGUUUUUCAAAUCAAACCAAGUCGAUCAACUUGGUGUCCCAUUCCAUGAUGGUGUUCGAUACCCGCUAUGCUGGGCAGAGAGCUACGUCUGGGAUGCCCAAUGUCUUCAAUUGUAUCUUCCAGCCAUCGAAGAACAGCACCUCCCCAGGAGCAAUACAAAUUGAGCUGCAUUACAGAUCCACCAAGGAUUCCUCUUUCUUUACGGUGGUCCUGAACAACCUCCGGGUGUUUCUCAUCUUCGACUGGCUGGUGCUUGUGCAUGACUUUCUCCAGACGCCUAGUGACACCAAAAAGCAGCCCAACCUCACUCCUUCCCGGCAGCGCAGUUACAGCAGCGAGGCAGCCGUUGUCCCCAAGGCAGUUAAGUGCGGCAUAGUUACCAAGCGCUCUUCCCUUCAGAUCUCUGCCGAAAAGCAAUUGGAAGUCAAGAUAAAUGUGACGGAUACUGAAUUUGUGGUGGUUGAAGACAUGUCCUGUAUGGAUACCAAUGCCAUUAUUCUGAAGGGGACCACGGUUCUCACCUACAAACCCAAGUUGGUGGAUCACCCUUUCUCAGGAAGCUUGUCUGGCAUUGAGGUUUUUUCGUGCCGGUUGGGAAACGAACAGGAAACGGCGCUUUCCAUCAUCGAUCCUGCGCUCAUCCAAGUGGAGCUGGUGGGGAGUUCUUCCUAUCCAAGUGGGUCGGGAUUAUUGGACGCCUUUAACAGUGAAGACUUCCCACCUAUCCUAGAGAUUCAGUUGCAAGCGCUGGAUAUCAGGCUGUCUUACAACGAUGUCCAGCUGUUUCUGGCUAUCGCCAAGUCCAUUCCCGGCCAGACCAGCAGCGCCGGGCCUUGCUCUUCCGCCUCGGACACCGGGGCUUCGGCGUCUGCUUCUUCUUCUGGUUUAUCUUGGGUAAAUGAGAUACCAGGACUGGCGCCAGAAACGACUGAAACCGCUAAACACACUUUGGAUCCUGUCCUUGAAUUACAGCUUGCCCGGCUGCAGGAUCUGGGGUUUAGCUUGGAUGACUGCCGCAAAGCUCUUCUGGAUUGCCAAGGUCAGCUGAAGAAAGCGGCGAGUUGGCUGUUCAAGAACGCCGAACCUUUGAAACGCUUACCGUCUGACUCUAAUAACCGAGAGAGCCAAAACUCCUUGGCUCUGCACUGGAUCUCUGGAGUAGACAUUAAAGCGGAAAGCAUCUGCAUUUGCUUUAUUGAUGACUGCAUGGACUGCGAUGUUCCUUUGGCCGAGUUAACAUUUUCGCGUUUAAAUUUCCUCCAGCAUCUGAGAACAAGUCCAGAAGGCUAUGCCCAUUUUACACUCUCCGGGGAUUAUUAUAACCGUGAGCUUUCAGGUUGGGAGCCAUUUAUUGAGCCUUGGCCGUGUUCUGUGUCUUGGCAGCAGCAACCUGCCAGCCGCCUCCAUCCUUCGCGGUUGAAGCUAGAAGUGAAAGCAAAGCAUCGGCUGGAUAUCAACAUAACGUCUGUGUUGAUCGAGCAGUACACUCGUACGAAGCAGUCAUGGAUGGCAGAUUAUUGCAAGCAGGAGAACGAAGUGGAGGAAGUCGAAUCCGAGGAAUGGAUGGGCUCUUCCGUCGAUCCUCCAUCCUUUGGACAAGGCCUUCCUCUUGUCUACCUUAGAACUAGGAGUACAGCCAGUCUGACUAACCUAGAGCACCAGAUGUAUGCUAGAGCUGAAAUGAAGACCCCCAAACGCAGGCAGCCCUUUGUGCCAUUCGCGCUGCGGAAUCACACAGGUUGCACCUUGUGGUUUGCCACCUUAACAACAACCCCAACCCGUGCUGCACUCUCUCAUAGUGGAAGCCCUGGCGUUCUCCCAGAGGAAAAUGGGACCUGCCUGGAAGGCAUGCACAACGUCAGCGAGUGGCGUGAAGUUCUCACUGGUGAAGAAGUCCCUUUUGCGUUUGAAGCCAAGGGGAAACUGAGGCACAGGCACACGCAUGAUCUAAGGAUUCACCAGCUGCAAGUCAGAGUAAAUGGCUGGGAGCCGGUCAGCCCCGUGUCAGUGGACAAAGUUGGGAUAUUCUUCCGGUACGCAGCCCCUGACAAGAGCACCUCUUCCAAUACUAUUGGCAGCCCAGUUAGCAGAACAAACAUCAUACAUCCACAUGUUUAUUUUUCUUCACUGCCUCCGGUCCGAGUGGUGUUUGCGGUUACCAUGGAAGGCAGUGCGCAGAAGGUGAUAACAGUGCGUUCGGCCUUGAUUGUGAAAAAUAAACUGGAUAUCCCAAUGGAACUCAGGCUAGACAGCCCUUCGGCUCCUGACAAGCCUGUGGUGCUCCCUUCGGUGAUGCCGGGCGAUUCCUUUGCUAUUCCUCUCCAUCUCACAUCUUGGCGGCUGCAGGCCAGACCGAAAGGGAUGGGAGUCUUUUUCUGCAAGUCUCCGAUCCACUGGACAAACGUUCAGAAGACCUCGGAGGUCAGCAGCAGCAAGCGGGAGUGCCACGCGAUGGAGUCUGAAAACAGCCGGUUCUUCAGGUUUUGUGUCGCUAUAAAGAAAGAGAAUUAUCCCGAUUACAUGCCUUCCAGCAUAUUUUCUGACAGUGCUAAGCAGAUUUUCAGACAGCCGGGGCACACCAUUUAUCUCUUGCCCACGGUGGUACUCUGUAACUUGCUGCCUUGUGAACUUGAGUUUUAUGUUAAAGGGAUGCCAAUUAAUGGGACCUUAAAACCUGGCAAAGAGGCAGUGCUGCACACAGCGGACACUUCGCAGAACAUUGAGCUCGGAGUCUCUCUCGAAAACUUCUCACGCUGCAAGGAACUUUUGAUACCUCCCGGCACCCAAAACUAUAUAGUGCGGAUGCGGCUGUAUGAUGUUAACAAGCGGCUGUUGAAUCUUACCAUAAGGAUUGUGUGUCGAGCUGAAGGCUCCCUGAAGAUAUUUAUUUCAGCGCCAUAUUGGCUCAUCAACAAAACAGGACUGCCACUGAUCUUCAGGCAAGAUAAUGCCAAGAUCGAUGCGGCUGGUCAGUUCGAAGAGCAUGAACUUGCCAGGAGCCUGAGUCCUCUUCUCUUCUGUUACGCUGACAAGGAACAGCCAAACCUUUGCACAAUGAGAGUCGGGAGAGGGAUCCACCCGGACGCUAUGCCUGGCUGGUGCCAAGGUUUCUCAUUGGAUGGCGGAAGCGGAGUCCGAGCCCUGAAAGUGAUCCAGCAGGGAAACCGACCAGGCCUGAUUUACAACAUUGGGAUUGAUGUCAAGAAAGGCCGAGGGCGCUACAUUGACACUUGUAUGGUAACGUUUGCACCUCGCUACCUCUUAGAUAAUAAAUCCAAGCACAAGUUGGCCUUUGCUCAGCGGGCGUUUGCCAGGGGACAGGGAUCUUCGAACCCAGACGGCUACAUUUCCACCUUGCCCGGCUCCAGUGUUGUGUUCCAUUGGCCGCGCAACGAUUAUGACCAGCUCUUGUGCGUUCGGCUGAUGGAUGUCCCCAACUGCAUUUGGUCUGGAGGCUUUGAGGUCAACAAAAACAAUUCCUUCCAUAUCAAUAUGAGGGAUACCCUUGGCAAGUGCUACUUCUUGCGUGUUGAGAUCACUCUCAAGGGAGCCACGUAUCGGGUUUCAUUUUGUGAUACCGACCAGUUGCCACCUCCGUUCCGCAUAGACAACUUUUCUAAGGUCCCCAUUGUGUUCUCUCAGCAUGGGGUUGCUGAACCCCGGCUCAGCACCGACGUCAAGCCGGCUACCUCUUUGGAUUACGCCUGGGAUGAACCCGCUCUCCUGCCCUACAUAACACUGACGGUCAAAGGGGCCGGCUCUUCCGAAAUCACUUGCUGCAUGGAUGACUUUCAAGACAGCAAGCAGCUCUACUAUGAGAACUUCAUUUACAUUGCUGCAACCUAUACGUUCUCAGGACUGCAGGAAGAGAGUGGAAGGCCGGUUGCUUCGAAUAAAGAAGUCGAAUGUGCCGAGCUUGUCCUGGACGUUUCUCUGAAGACGCAGAGAGUCAUAUUAAAGAAAAAGGAGCCAGGGAAGCGGUCUCAACUGUGGCGCAUGACAGGCACCGGCAUGCUUUGCCACGAGGGCUCUGCGGUUCCCCACCACCCAAAUAAGCCCUCCCCGCCUCGGUCCACUGAAUCCUCCAUGAUCCUGGACAUUGCAGGCCUGGCAGCAGUCACGGAUAACAGGUAUGAACCACUGAUGCUAAGAAAGCCAGACAGACGGCGUAGUACCACCCAGACCUGGAGUUUUCGGGAUGGCAAGUUAGUCUGCGGCAUGCAUGGGCUGGUUGUACAGGCCAAAGGAGGCAGAGCAGGGCUGCGCGACGGAGCGGAGGUGGUUCUGGGUCCGGAUACUUCCAUGGAAAUGUUGGGUCCAGUGCCACCGGAGCAGCAGUUUAUCAACCAGAAGAUGAGGCCUGGCUCUGGAGUCCUUGUCGUCAGGGUCAUCCCUGAUGGUCCCACCAGAGUCCUGCAGAUAACAGACUUCAACCAACGCAGAAAUGAUCGUUUCUCGUAUGAAGGGGAUGAGAUGGAGCAAGACCUGCGGAGGCUGAAGAAUCCUGAUACUGAGCAGGAGCUGGAAGUCCAGUUGAAAUUAGAAGGUGGAAUAGGCUUAUCUCUAGUUAACAAAGCCCCAGAAGAGCUGGUUUUUGCAAGCUUUACUGGCAUCAACGUCCAUUUCACGCAGCUGUCAGCGAGUCAAGUGCUUGAACUAAGCAUACAAGAUGUGCAGGUGGACAACCAGCUUCUUCGUACUACUCAGCCUUUCAUGCUUUUCUUGACCCCUAAAAUGGGCGAAAACGAAGCGGUCGAGACGGGUCCCGCUGUGCAGUUGAAUGCCAUGAAAUUUCCCAGUAAGAGCCCUUUAACUGAUAUAUACAAGCAUUUGAUGAUCACUGCUAGCAAGUUCACAGUCCAGAUCGAGGAGAAGCUCUUCCUUAAACUUCUGAGUUUCUUUGGCUAUGAUCAGACAGAAUCAGAGGUUGAAAGUUAUGAUGAAAACCUCCACGAAAAGCCAGUUGAUCAAGAGGGAGCCCAGAAACGGUACUACUUUGAAAACCUCAAAAUCAGUGUGCCACAGAUAAAGCUGAGUGUCUUCACUUCCAGCAAGCUCCCUUUGGAUCUCAAGGCGCUGAAGAGUACACUGGGAUUCCCGCUGGUCAGGUUUGAAGAUGCCGUGAUCAACCUGGACCCCUUCACCAGAGUCCACCCUUACGAGACGCAAGAGUUUAUCAUCAAUGAUAUCCUGAAGCACUUUCAGGAAGAGUUGCUCAGCCAAGCGGCGAGGAUCCUGAGCUCUGUGGACUUCCUUGGCAACCCAAUGGGUCUCCUAAAUGAUGUCUCGGAAGGGGUAACCGGGCUGAUAAAAUACGGAAAUGUCGGUGGCCUUAUCAGGAACGUCGCCCAUGGAGUCUCAAACUCGGCUGCAAAGUUUACUGGGACUUUGUCUGAUGGCUUGGGGAAGACGAUGGAUAACCGGCAUCAAACGGAGCGAGAGUACAUCCGAUACCACGCGGCAACUAGCGGUGAACAUCUUGUGGCUGGCAUCCAAGGACUGGCUCAUGGUAUCAUUGGUGGAUUAACCAGUGUAAUAACCUCAACGGUAGAAGGAGUGAAAACGGAAGGGGGAUUCAGCGGCUUUAUAUCUGGCCUCGGGAAAGGGCUUGUCGGAACGGUGACCAAACCAGUGGCUGGCGCACUGGAUUUUGCCUCUGAAACAGCCCAGGCAGUGAGAGAAACGGCCACGCUCACUGGUCCCAGGACACAAGCGGAAAGAGUGCGAAAGCCACGGUGUUGCCGAGGCCCACAAGGACUCCUGCCCCGAUACCUGGAGAGCCAAGCGGAAGGACAGGAGCUGCUCUUCAAACUGACGGAAAACAUCCAGGAUGAGUUCUUCAUCGCCGUGGAAAACAUCGACAGCUAUUGCGUGAUCAUUUCCUCCAAAGCGGUUUACUUCCUCAAGAGCGGGGACACCAUGGACCGAGAGGCCAUCUUCUUGGAGGUCAAGUAUGACGAUCUCUACCAUUGCCUUGUCUCCAAAGACCACGGGAAGGUCUACGUCCAGCUGACAAAGAAAGCAGUCAAUUCCAGCAGUGGGGUGUCGAUGCCUGGUCCAUCUCAUCAGAAGCCCAUGGUCCAUGUGACGUCGGAGGAGCUUGCGGUGAAGCUGUCCCAAGAAAUCAACUAUGCAAAAAGCCUUUUCUACGAGCAGCAGCUUAUGCUGAGAUCCAGUGAACAACUGGAGCUAGACUCCUGAGCCAAAUGAAAUCCAUUCUGCUCGGCAGAAAGGAAUAGGAUCAUUCCCUGGGUGUCGAAAGGUCUGCUUUGUGAGACUAUAGGGACCCCAUGCCCAGAAAAUGAUACGGAAGAGCUUUGCCAUUUGGGGCACUUAAGACCAGAGACUCAUUUGGCAUACUUUCAGCUGUAGAAAAAGCCUUGUAUUUUCUUACCGUUUGUGUGUAUAUAUAUACUUAUGAAUAUAUAUAUAUAUAUAUCUAUACAUACAUAUAUAUGUGUGUGUGUGUGUACAACUGUGUUUUGUGUAAAUAAGAAAGUACACAGAGUGUCGUGAGAGUGUACAAAGGUCUAUUCCGUGUAAAGAAAUUAAAGGAAAGGUUAUAUUGAGUUUUCGAUUGCACUGAUUCUGAGCGAUUCAAAAUAGCACAUGGAUUCUUAUUAAUAUUAUUAUUUUAUUAUUUUUAAACCAGAGGAGAUGACCACUCUGUACUGGAGGACUGCAGGGUUACAUAGAAGCCCGCUGUGACAAAAUGGAGGGGAAACUGCUAAGAUGCGCAUAGAGGCAGGUCCAAAGAUGGUGCCUCUGGCCCAGAUUAGAGGACCUUCUCAUUUCCAGUGUUUUAAUGCUUCGGUGUCCUUUACGGCACCAGGAUCUUUUUCUCUUUUUUGUUUACUUGACAGGUUUAUUGCUGGGGAGCAGAACAGCAAAAGGGGUGCCAAAUGGUUGCCCUCUUAACAAAAACAUGCAAUUCUGCGUUUCAGUGUUUGCGCUCUCUCCUGUAUUGCCAGGAUCCAGCACAAGGGGAGAGGAGAAUGCUUUUUAUCAACCGCGUGCAAUUUCUUCUCGCAUAUGUCCGCUUUGUAAAGGGCAGCGUCGGGAAGGAAUUGAUCCAGCGGUGUCGCCUCGAAGCGUCGACCGCCGCGCCUCUUUCAACACUUGCGGAGAAGGGACGCGUUCAGACACACGCACACCAAGUUGCCCUGCGCAAGUAUUAGCCUUAAUAAAUAGAUGAAUGAACCAGGAGGGUUGGGUCUGAGACAAUGAAACAACAGUUCGUUGAGGAAAGGAAUGGAAGUUUAUAAAGUGAAUACUGCAGUUCUGUAGUCCGAGGAUUAAUAAAUGCUACUGCAGCA